AUGGGCAGAGUUCCUGUAGCUCCUGAAACUCAGAUUGAAGCUAUCAAACUGGAAGACGAUCUCGAACCUUACGACCCCACAGCUGACUUGAGACGAUAUAAAAUGCCGUCAACAGACCUCUUACUGGAGUAUGCUGAUCAGAAAGUGGAAGUAGACAGGGCCGAACUGGAAGCCAAUAAAGAUCAGAUAAUAGCCACCUUGCUGAACUAUAAGAUAGAAAUCACUAAAAUCAGAGCAACUAUAGGUCCAACGGUGACUCUAUACGAAAUAGUGCCGGCUCCUGGUGUAAAAAUUUCCAAAAUAAAAAACCUGGAAGAUGAUAUUGCUUUGAGCCUUUCUGCUUUAGAUCUGAUCAUGACUGCGGGCAAAGAGGUGGAGUUGCCUAUCGCCCGUCUCGCACAGCUUGCAAGGGCCAUUGGUAUUCACCUGAUCAUAGCCACGCAAAGACCGUCAGUCAAUAUCAUCACUGGUAUCAUCAAAGCCAAUUUCCCUGCGAGACUUGCAUUUAAGGUCACUUCCAAAAUUGACUCGAGAACCAUCCUGGAUGGAGGUGGAGCAGACCAGUUGAUCGAUACACCUGAAGUGGAGAGUGUCAUCAAACACAUAGCAGAUCAGCCAGGUUUUGCAGAGCCUUUCUAUCUGCCGGAAUAUAAAAGUGAUGAUGAAACCGGUGCAGGAAAUUCUGAUUUGAAAAUGUCAGAUCUGGACGAAAAUUUUGAUGAAGCUGCCCGAUUGAUCAUCAGUGCUCAGCAUGGAUCUACAUCACUCAUCCAGCGUAAAAUGCAACUCGGAUUGGAAUAUGCACAAGCCAGAUGA